GUUAUUUUAUAUUCAUUGUCCUAAAUCUCUUCUUCGUAAAAACCAGAACACCACAAACACAUCGCCACUUGUUCACUAUAUCCUCUUCAUCCAAAGAAAAACACAUUCACCACAACCCCGUGAUGACCUGAUCCGUUUCUCCACAGUUCUUGUGUCAUCUCCAUCCCUCACUAUCUUCAAAGAUUCAAGUCAUCCUCAAAACAGAGCACGUCUUCCGAAACCGAUCAUCAUCAUUUUCAAUUCGGGUCUUUGAUCCCUAGACUCGGUAGGAAGUAUCGAUCGUUGAGCUUUGAUUCGGGUCUCCUCUUGAUCGUUAAUCAGAGAUUCGAGUCUCCGACGAGGUUGGUUAUGGCAACCUCUGCCUUAAACUCCGACAAAAAGAUCGUCACCGGUCCAGCCGGUUACGUUCUCGAAGACGUUCCUCAUUUCUCCGAUUACAUCCCAAACCCUCCUACAUAUCCAAAUCCAUUACAGGACAACGCUGCUUACUCUGUUGUUAAGCAGUACUUCGUUGAUGAGGAUGACACAGUUCCUCAAAAGAUAGUUGUUCAUCCUGAUAGUCCAAGAGGAACACAUUUCCGCAGAGCAGGACCACGUCAAAGGGUUUACUUUGAUUCGGAUGAUGUUGUUGCUUGCAUUGUCACAUGCGGUGGCUUGUGUCCAGGGCUUAAUACUGUGAUCAGAGAGAUUGUUUGUGGAUUGUCUUACAUGUAUGGUGUCAAGAAAAUCCUCGGAAUCGAGGUAAGUCCCCUCGCUUUACUCAUUCUUUCACCAUUACUCUCAAUUUUUUUAAACUCUGAGAACAAUUGUGGUUUCCAGGGAGGUUACAGAGGAUUUUAUGCAAGAAACACGAUCGAUUUGGACUUAAAAACAGUGAAUGAUAUUCAUAAACGUGGAGGAACCAUCCUCGGGACUUCAAGAGGUGGUCAUGACACUACAAAGAUAGUUGAUAGUAUUCAAGAUCGUGGGAUUAACCAGGUUUAUAUAAUUGGUGGAGAUGGAUCACAGAAAGGAGCAGCUGCUAUAUUCGAGGAGAUUAGAAGACGUGGACUCAAAGUUGCUGUUGCUGGUAUCCCCAAAACCAUCGACAAUGACAUUCCUAUUAUAGAUAGAUCGUUCGGGUUUGACACAGCUGUAGAAGAGGCUCAACGUGCUAUUAACGCAGCUCAUGUGGAAGCUACAAGCUUUGAGAAUGGUAUUGGUCUUGUCAAGUUAAUGGGACGUUAUAGUGGAUUCAUUGCGAUGUAUGCAACACUAGCGAGCAGAGAUGUGGACUGUUGCUUGAUACCGGAGUCUCCAUUUUUUCUUGAAGGCAAAGGCGGUCUUUUCGAGUUUAUCGGUAAACGGCUAAAGGAGAAUGGUCACAUGGUGAUUGUGAUCGCAGAAGGCGCUGGACAAGAUCUGUUGGCUGAAAGCAAUGAACAGUCCACAACUCUCAAAGAUGCCUCUGGAAACAAACUCUUACAGGACGUGGGCCUAUGGAUCUCCCAACGGAUCAAGGAUCAUUUUGCCAAGAAGAUGACCCUAAACCUCAAAUACAUAGAUCCAACCUACAUGAUAAGGGCUGUUCCGAGCAAUGCAUCAGACAAUGUAUGCUGCACGCUAUUAGCUCAAAGCGCGGUUCAUGGAGUGAUGGCUGGUUACAAUGGCUUCACCGUUGGCCUUGUCAAUGGCAGACAUACUUACAUUCCCUUCUACAGGAUAACGGAGAAACAGAACAAGGUGGUGAUCACUGACAGAAUGUGGGCGAGGCUUUUGUCUUCCACAAACCAGCCGAGUUUCAUGAAGCACGAUGAUAAUCACGAACCAAACCAUUCCGGUGGUGAAGCAGGGGCUAUGAAUUGGUGAAACAACUCUUGUCUGAAAACAUUUGGUUGAAAAGAAAUUAAGAUUUCUUUAUUUUGAUAGAGGCUUCUCAAAAUGUUUUAUAAUCUUUCUUCAAGCAAAAGAGAAGAGAUACAUUUCCUCUCCUUGGAAAGAGAGUUCAUACGGUCAUAUAAUUGUGAUAAAUAAUGUACUAAACUUAUGGUUUGAUCUUUGCCCUUACCAAACUGUAAUUUACACUUAUAAGCACAAAUCUAUAAGGAAAUGUUUUGGUUCAA